GGAAAUCCAAGCUGCCUCUGGUGAGUGGAUGAACGAGUUUGUUCGAAGACCCAGCAGACGCAGAGAUGCCAGAGUGUACGUUCCCGCGGCGGAUAUCAUCAAGAGAACUAUACGCAGGUCAUGGACAAUAUCCAAUCCCAGUCCCAGAUGGACAGCCUUAAGGACAUCACCUGAGCUUCGCCCGUACAACAGCUUGCCCAGAGGUCAAGACAUAUCGAACUACCCAUCCUUGCUGGGUAUCAGGUCCACCGAUACACCCAGGAGAUCAUCGCCUCAAAGACGCACAAAAUCUGAAGACGUAUACCACGAAAAUAAAGACAAUCCAGGAGAGGACCAGAUACCGAAGAGACCUGUCAGGGUAAAUCCUCUGAUGUCUAUAUCUUUGAGGGAGACCAAGGAAGAGAAGGCACGUAGAAAGUCGCCAAGAGCAGAGACUGUCGUGGAGGUAGUUGUGGAGAAUGAAGACAAAACUAAGGAAGAACAGGAAAGUCAUUUAAGAGACAAUCCUGUCAAGUGCAAUCCAUCUAGAGCAGAAGAUGAACCGGACAAAGUUUUGGAAAGGCAUGUUAGUUUUGAUAGUUCCAAGCCAGGACCGGACUUGGCGUCGUUCCGCAGCCGUUCCUUGUCUCAGAGCAAAUCGAACAAAGAUAUGAAAAAGGUGCCUUUUACCACCAGGUCUCUUCCAGAAGAAUCAACUAUCAAGGACGAAAAUGAGGACGGCGUCGGCUGCGGCGACCAGAACCCCUCCGCUGCCACCAACGCUCCCCCCGCAGAGCUGUUGUGCGAUAUCGAACCGAUCAGCGGCACAGUUUUCCGGAAAAUGACGGUGCGACGCCGCCGCCAGGAAAAUAUGCGGAAACUGCCAGCGGUGGAUGCCGGUUGGAGAAGACCUCCCGAUCCGGACCUCCAAGACAUUCUCCUACCUGACGGUGAGGACUACCGCUUAGUUUUCGUGAAUUCGGACGGUUCCUCCAAGGAAGAAGAGGUGGACGACAACGACAGCUCAUCAGCCUCAAGUUUCCCGAUCGACGACUGCGACUGGGACUACUUCGAACCCGGUGCCGCAGCCAAAAGCCACCCGGCCAUCGGCUGGACAUCGCCUUUCGGCUCUCCGACGGUUUUCAGGAAGCGGGGGGCGGUGGGGGACUCUCCCCUAGGUUCCCCUCUGCUGCACCGAAGACCACGGGCCUCGUCGGACGAAGACGGUCCCCCAUCCGAGUCACCCGCCAACCCCCUCGGCACCCCGCCUCUGUGUCUCCACCGUAGCGCCAUCGGUCGCCAGCAAACAGUCCGAACCAGCCAUCCGACCACCGCUUCGACUUGUUGCAAAACGUGCGGCGGCAACAGCGGCGCCCAGUACAUUCCUAUACCGGUGCCGGUGCCUAUACCGUUCCCCGUGCCCUGGAACAACCAGGGUAGUACAGGGGGGGAGGUGAAGGUACCCCUGUACCGGCCUAUGCCUGACUUGGGGGCCAGAGGUGCGGAGUUCUGGCAGUACUUGAGUCAGAUGCCCGGGUUCCCGUGGGGGUUCUUGGAGAAGCCGAUGAUCGGAGAGAAGGAAGGGGAGGAUAAAGGGAAAAGUGGGGAUGAAGAGGGGGUGGAGAAUGAGGAAGAGGAUAAUAGAGGGGAAGAGGAGGAAGAGCCUAGAGGACAUUUGGAGUGUGAAAAUAGAGGUUCUUCAGCGUCCGAGUCCUCCUCUACCGACUCGAGCGCCGACGAAGGCGACCGACCUCGCGUUCGCAGGGUGUACAACGUUACAGGCCCACCCUCAACCCGCGAAAGCGACGAUGCUCUACCCAGCAGCGAGGUUUCCUCCGACGACGAUGCCAAAUCCUCGGCCGACGAACAGGAACGCGAAGAAGAAGCAGAAGACGAAGACGACACUUCCUCAGGCUCCGCCGACACCGACAGCAACGACACCGGCACCGUUGCCGACCAGAAACCCCGACAUUUCUCGCGAGUGUUCGUCGUCAACCACAAAGACUCAAGCGGUAGCGUCACGUCCUCUAACGGCGACACCGACAGUUCCGAUAACGAUACCGAUUUGGAACUGGAUUGCAGUGUGGUUUUGACCAAUAUCAAGCAAAUUGAUUCGGAGGAGAAUGUGGAGGAAGAUGGAAAUAAUGAUGAAGUUGUUGGAGGAGGUGCUAGUUUUUUGGGUAUUAGAUAUCUUGGGGAAGAUGAAGAGAGUAGAAGACCGGUAAAAGAAAUUCGUAGAAGGUCUAGGGCUAGAAGGAAAGGUAAAAAGAGUAAAGUAGAGGAAAAUAUCGAGAGUGAAACAGAGGAGGAAGAGGUAAAGCUUGCCAAAGAAUUAGAGAAGGAACCUAGCUCGUCAAAGGUUGAUUUGGAGGAAGCUGAAGAAGUUGCUGGUGAAGGUGCCAGUUUUUUGGACAUUGGACAUCUUGCGGAGAACGAAGAGAGUAAAAAACCGAUCAAGGAAACUCGUAGAAAGUCUAGGACUAGAAGAAAGGGUAAAAAUAGUAAAUUCGAAGAAAAUAACAAGAGUGAAACAGAAGAGAUAGAGGUAAAGCUUGCGAAAGGAUUAGAGAAGAAUAUUGAACCUAGCUCAUCAAACACUGAUUUAGAGGAGAAUGUGGAUGAAGAUCAGAAAAUUGAAGAAGGUGCCAUUAGUUUUUUGGGCACUAGACAUCUUGCUGAGGAUGAAGAGGGUAAAAGAUCGGUCAAAGAGACUCGUAGAAGGUCUAGGACUAGAAGAAAGGACACAAAGAGUACAGACCAGGAAAAUAACGGUGAAACGGAAAAGGAAGAGGUAAAGCUUGCAAAAGGAUUAGAGAAGAAACCUAGCUCAUCAAACGCUGAUUCAGAGGAGAAUAUAGAUGAUGAUGAGAGAAUUGAAGAAGGUGCCAGUUUUUUGGGUACUAGACAUCUUGAUGAUGAUGAAGAGGGUAAAAGACCGGUAAAAGAGUCUCGUAGAAAGUCUAGGACUAGAAGAAAGGGCACAAAGAAUAAAGACAGCGAAAAUAACGAGGGUAAAAAGGAAGAGGUAGAGGUAAAACUUGCCAAAGAACUAGAGAAGGACCCUAGCUUAUCAAACGCUGAUUCGGAUGAGAGAGUGAAUGAAAACGAGAACGCUGAUGAGGUUGCUAGAGGAGGUGUCAGUUUUAUGGAGUAUGAAGAGAGUAAAAGUCCGGUCAAGGAGAGUCAGAGAAAGUCUAGGACUAGAAGGAAGGGUACAAAGAGUCAAGUCCAGGAAAAUAACGAGAGUGAAACAGACAAGGAAGAAAUAACGCUUGCAAAAGAGAAGGCAUCUAGCUCAUCAAAGACUGAUUGGGAAGAGAAUGUGAAGGAAGCUGAUAACAAUGACGAAGAUGCUGGAGGUGCUAGUUUUUUGGGUACUAGACAUCUUGCAGAGGAUGAAGAGAGUAAAAUACAGGUCAAUGAGAGUUUGAGAAAGUCUUGGGGAAGAAGAAAGGGUAAAAAAAGUAAAGGAGAUGAAGGGGAAGAGAUAAAGCUAGCGAAAGGAUUAGAAAAGAAACCUAGCUCAUCAAACUCUGAUUCGGAGGAGAAUAUGGAUGAAGUUGAGGGUGCUAGACAUCUUGAAGAGAGUAAAAGACAGGUCAACGAGAGUCGGAGAAAGUCUAGAACUAGAAGAAAGGGCACGAAGAGUAAAGUGGAGGAAAAUAACGAGAGUGAAUCGGAAGAGGAAGAGGUAAAUCUUACCAAAGAAUUCGAGAAGGAACCUAGCUCAUCAAACGCUGAACGGGAAGACUGUGAUAACGAAACAAACGAAGUAAGCAACAAUAAUCCGAAAUUUCCGGUGGUGUACUCGUCGAGUCCGGGCCUGAGCGACGUGAGCGCCGAGACGCUGAGCUCCAGCGACGCGGAAAAAGAGCAGUGCGUCGCGACGGGCGAGGGAGAGGAGGCAAGCUGCGUGCGAGAGAGGGAGACGGAGAGAGCCGGUGCGGAGGUGCGCGCAGGUGGUCUUCCGCCGCCGUCAGUGAUCGGCGAGCCGUCGAGCGCGCGCCAUGGUGUCCGCUACACCAGUCUAGUGAUGAUAAGGAACGAUGAAUCGGCGUCGCAACAGGUGAACGUGGUGUCAGCGGCCGCGCGUGACGUCGUGGUGGUGAGGCACACCAACCGCGAAGAGCGCCAUGCAACGCGUCCUAGUCCCUUUGAUAAACCGAACCAAACCCAUUCCGAAAGCAACGUGACUGUGAUAACCUCCCCCGAGACCCUGAGCGCCUUCGAGGAAGGCCUGGCCGACGACGAUUCCUGGGUGGAGAACCUCAGCGGCGAAGAGGAGGAGGAGGAAGACGACUUUCCCACCAACUCCAUCUCCGAAAACUCCUCGUCCGGCGACGAGGUCACGCUAACAUGCUCGGCAGCCAUCGACCAGGAGGACGAGCUACGAGGGUACCACCGUCCCAUCGACUUCACCCUCCACACCAUCGUGGAGGAGAGCUGCGAGGAGAGCGAAGUCGAACAAGCUCCCCAAAAAACACGAAAAGAACGACCUGCUUCGGCUACGGACCUGGAGAAGUAUUUUUUCUUCGGGUUAGGUGAUGGAACUGUACCCUCCCUUAACUCCAAUCGGGAAGAUGCCUUUUCUGAGACUAGUAGUAUUUAUUCGGAAGGCAUGGAGUCUCUCGGGGGAGGAGACGAUAACCAGAACGAUAACUCAGAAGAGCUUGCGUCGUCGAGGCUUGAAAAGUACUUCCUAAGCGGCUUCAUGGGUUUCACAGCAGAGAGAAGAGACUCGGAUGGAAGUGUGGGCAGUGACAGCGAGGGACGUCCCAGUCCAGAACAGAGAAGAAAACGAUUGGUGCGCGCCAGAGGAACCGGUAGGUCUCACUCCAGUUCCCUGGAUAAUCUCCUAGCGAACCCGGACCUCGCGGGAAGCGACCAGCAAAUGGACGCGCAAAAUUCGGAGGCUGCGGCUUCGAGUUCGGACUCUGACGCGUACGAUGAAGUGUUAGGUUUCGAGAAAUCGGACGGUCAGUUCGACACAGUGAAACGGAAGAAAGGCAAAAAACAGAAAGCAAGUUUGGAGGACGUGAAAAACCUGGAAACCACCCAAGAAGAGCAGGAACUGAGCGACGAGGAUGAUGACAGAAACAAAACACCCCAACCGGAAGUACUUCCGAUGCCUUCGAAUUUAACAACGAAUAAAAACCAGCAGAGUAGAGACAGCGGGUUCGUUGGUAGCUGCGACGAUCUUCUCAAAGACCAACGGGAUGUAAAUAAAUCACCCGAUAUCAGCUUGCUUCACGAGAAAAGCUCUGAUGUUUUCACGGAAAAACGGGAAGAAAAGAUCUUUACUGAAUCAUAUCCCCCGGCAACGAACCUCACGAGGAAAGACAGCUUUAAUAACUGGAGCUCGGACGAAGAAACCAACCUGAUGAUGUGCAAAAUGCGUCAGUUUUUCAAAACUAUGGUGGCAGCUAACUCUUCUUCCUCUUCCAAACCCACAACUCCCACGCCUGGAGGUAGAAUUUCCCCUAGACUUCUACCGAGAGGCAGAGGCCGGUGUAAGCCUCCCCAAUUAGUGUAUUUCGAAAACGAACUUACCAGACUCAUGAAAACCGUGCCUGGAAUCAGAGACGAUCAGGUCAGGGAAAUUGUAGAAUAUUUAAGUAGCGAGGACACGUGGAGCGAUUCAUACGACUCCAGCGAUUAUACUAGCAGCGAUUUGGAAGGAACCUCCUCGAAAUCAGCUCUGCAACAGCAAAUUUCGGAUAGCUGUCAGCAGAUUAUUAAUAAAUUCGACUCGAGUGCUGAUGAUAAGGAAGGAGAUGCUGGCGAUGGUGGAAUAGCUGAAGACGGGCAUGGUAUAAACAAAGAAACUGCCCUAGUUUACCAAAAAUUGGUAGCUAGUUUCGAGAAAAUGGCCACGGAAGAUCCCCCGCAAAGUGUGUCGGGUCCAAACUCGCCGCCUCUCAUUGCCAAGGUGAUGCACCACAUCGGAAGCAGGCUGGUUGCCUUGAUGCACGAGGUGUCCAGCGGGGAAAGUCACGCUUCUAAUAGCCCCAAAGCACGCGGAUAUCAUCGACGUCUUCAGCAGAAACUUAGCAACGCUUCUACGACAACUACGGAUGAGGACAGCACAUCGGAUACAAACUUACCCGAUACUUUCGUUGAAGAAUCCAUGUCGAAUUACAAUAUACUUCCGCGAAGUCGAUCUCACGAUCUUCUGAUGGGCGAUGCCGGUAAAAACCAGUCGAUAGGAGGUGCAUCUGAAAUUUCCGAAGAACGCGAAGCUAGUGAUUGUGAACGGUUCUCGUGGAGAGGUAGCUUCGAAUCGGCUCUUUUAGCUACCGAUUCUCGCAACAAGUUAUCUCUAAUAGGUGGUGAAGGUUCGGCUUCGGCAUCUGCCUUAGCUAUCGCAGCUAAGCGAAGAUCUGCAGGAGAUUUAUUGUUCAGUCACAAAUCUUUAAGCAGAGAACAGUUAGACAGAGUGAGAAGUUGUGGAAGUAUAGGAGGAGGAAAUAGCGAAGACAAGCUCUGGGUAGCUCCAGCCUCCAGACCCGGUAGGCGCAGGUCUAGCGUUCCAGACGCAGCCUCCUGCGGAUCUGGAGCUUCCGCAGAUGGGGAAGACGAAGAUGACGACUUGGAAAACCGCAGCACUCUACCCAGGAGCAUGCAGAGCGGACCUCAAACAACGAACUCUCUACCCAGACUCCCUACUACCUCCUUAGCUUCGAUACAGAAAGCUCAAAGUCACCAUUUCCUGCCUCAGAACGCGAAGAGUGCCAGAUAUCGUCCUCCAGGGUUCUCCAGGCUUAUGCCGACCCAGCCCAAGAGGGCUGCUAGUGCCCCAGGACUGCAGCCUUCGCACCAGAGAAGGGGUCGUCGAUCUCAACAUACCAGUGUUCCUAGUGACGAUGUCAGCCUGUCCGAAGCUCACUCGUCACCAAUGCUCGUGUCCAGUAGAGGUGGUAGCAAGAGCGCCACGCCAAGCCCUGUGGCUCCAGGGUCCAGGAGGAAGACCAACUCGAUGUCCAGCCAGGAAUGGCCGGGACCCGAGGACGAUAUCGACCGAUUGGUUGCCAUGCAUCAUAACAGGAGCAGUCUAUCCAGCCUAGGGUUGAGGUCCGAUUCGAUGGCCAGCGUGUACUCUGGAGCCGGAGAAGGUCGAUACGGAUCGGUAACGGUACGUGGACAAGUGGAGUUUGGGCUGCAGUACAAUUAUAAAGCUUCAGCUCUGGAGAUCCAGAUCAAACAGUGUAAAGACCUGGCGCCGGUGGAUAGUAAACGGAAUAGAUCAGAUCCAUAUGUAAAGGUGUAUUUGUUACCGGACAAAUCGAAAUCGGGCAAGCGCAAGACCAAAGUGAAGAAGCACACCCUGAACCCCGUGUUCGACGAGUGUCUCAAGUUCCAGAUGAGCCUGAACGAACUGGAGCUACGCACGCUGUGGCUGACCGUCUGGCACUCAGACAUGUUCGGCAGGAACGACUUCCUGGGCGAGGUCAUGAUGGCUUUGGAGAACAAAGUCUUCGACGACCCCACGCCCAGGUGGUAUAACUUACAAGAGAGGACUGAGCCCUUUGAUGACGUGCUGUCCUUCAAAGGCGACAUCAUCGUCUGUCUCAAGUUCGUGCCGCCAGACAUGACCGUUCACAAGAAAGGCAAGCGCUCCAGAGGCGCGCUGCACGUGCUGAUCAAAGAAGCCAAAGCCCUCACUGCCGUUAAAGCCAAUGGGACGUCGGAUCCCUUCUGCAAAAGUUACCUCCUGCCUGAAAAAGGACGCAGUUCUAAACAGAAGACGCCAGUGGUAAGGAGAACGGUGAAUCCAGUGUGGAAUCAUACUUUCAUCUAUGAUGAUGUUACGCUCCAAGAACUGUCGGAACGCUGCUUGGAGCUGACCGUUUGGGAUCACGAUCGACUGGCCAGCAAUGAGUUCCUAGGCGGGGUUAGGUUCUCUUUAGGAACAGGAAAACACUACGGCAAGUCGGUCGAAUGGAUGGACGCCACUGGUAAAGAGGUAAGUCUGUGGAAGAGCAUGCUGGAAAGGCCCAAUUUCUGGGUGGAGGGUUGCCUACCCCUUAGGCCGACCCUGGACGCGCGCGCUUCAUAAGGGAGUCCCCCCCAGGUAACACUUGUUGCAAUACAAUACGUCAUAUCCACAUAACAGGCCCAGAAAAUAAGUAGAAUGCCACAGAAUGACACUCUGUAUUCAGGGUGUGACAUAUUUGUUAUUAUUAUAAAGAGAUUUUUACAUAUAUUAAAUUUAUUUAUCCAACCAACAUGUUCUUCCACAAAUAUUGUGCCAAAAAUUUCGCGUUAUUUCGCAUUCUACUUAUUUUUGUACCCGCCUAUGGUUGACAUUCGCUGUGUUAUUAUAUACGUGAAUACUCAAAACCCAUUCCAAUAAUUAUGUGUCAAACUUUUGUACUAUUUUUUUUAAUGUAGGCGUUUGUUGUUUUUAAAUGAUCCCGUUUCCAUUAAUAUUGUCAGUUUUAUUAUUAUUUUUUAUUAAUGAUUUAAUGUUAAUGUUAAGAUGGUGUCUCCCCUUCCACUAGUAGAUUUAAGAGAGUUGUUUUUAAUUGUAAAAUAUUCUAAUGUUACAAUGCAUAUAUUUUCUUAUAAGAGUAAAAUAUUAAAUGGUUUUUACUACAAAUAAAA